UCAGACUAUGACGCCGCCAUCGUUCACCAAAAAACAAAAGAAAGAAUAAAUAUAUAAUUAAAAUAAAAGAACAAACCUAAUAUAUGUGUGAAAGUAAUCUUUGUUAAGAAAAGCAGUGCAUUAUGCGUAAGACUGUAUAAAAUACUGGCAGAUAUAUCUACAUUUGUUUAAUAUUUUAAUUAAAUAAAUAAUAAAACAAAAUGAUGCCAUUCAACAAGUAUUCUUUGAACUCUCUCAAAAUGUAUAGGCAUGUAAAUACAUGGUCACCUUUAGCAACAGCAUUCAAUUCUAUUACAAAAAUAGAACAUGGAUUCAGUUUGUCCAAAAAGGAGACUGGUUUAUUUGGUAUACCUGAACUUAAAGAUGCAAGCGGAUUUAAAACGUUGAAGGAUCGUGCAUUUACUCAAACUGAUUUACUUAUAGCUGAAGUAACUGAUGUUAACAGAAAGAGAAAUAUGGUAGAGAUAUUUGAUGAAUUGUCUGACACUUUGUGUAAAGUUGCAGAUUUAGCAGAAUUCAUUAGAAUUGCACAUCCAAAUAUAGAGUUUAUUGAAGCUGCGGAGGAUGCUUCUAUAUCACUAAGUAGUGUCGUUGAAAAACUUAAUACUCACAGUGACUUAUAUAAUGCAUUACAGCAUGUUGUAAAGAAUGGAGACAUUUUAAAAACUUCUCCCAUUGAUGAUCAUGUUGCCAAGCUAUUUUUGUUUGAUUUCGAACAAAGUGGUAUUCAUUUGCCAGAAGAACAAAGAAAACAAGUUGUUAUGUUAAAUGACAAUAUCCUACAAACAGGUCAGAAAUUUAUGGCUGGUGCUGUUACUACACGCUCUAUAAGGGCUGAUAUUUUGCCAGAAAGUAUCAGGCAAAAUUUUGAGAUACACAAUGGUCAGAUAUUAGUAAGUGGACUUUAUACAGAUUCAUCUAAUACUAUUGUUCGUGAAGCAGCUUACAAACUAUUCUUAUAUCCUGAUAAACAACAGGAGUAUUUGUUGGUUAAGCUUUUAAAUUGUAGACAUCAAUUGGCACAAAUAUGUGGAUUUCCUACAUAUGUCCACAGAGCUGUAAAAGGUAGUACAGUACAAACACCUGAAGCAGUAAAUGAUUUUCUUAAUAUUUUGAAUGAUAAUUUACAAAUUAAAGCGAUGCAAGAUUUUCAAGAGAUGCAAAAAAUGAAAGAUAUUCAAUCGUCUAUAAAACAAGAUUUGAUGCCAUGGGAUACAGCCUAUUUUAUCUCAAUGGCUAAAAAGACAUGGUUAAAUACUUCCAACAAUGAGUUUGCUCCAUAUUUUUCUCUUGGCUCUUGUAUGGAUGGUUUAAAUUAUCUUGUACAAGCAUUAUAUGGAAUACGACUGGAAUCUGCACCAGUUUUAUGUGGUGAAGUAUGGGCACAAAAUAUACAUAAAUUAGCUGUGAUUGAUAAAGAUGAAACAACAUUGGGUUACAUUUAUUGUGAUUUUUUUGAAAGAAAAGGAAAACCUAAUCAAGAUUGUCAUUUUGCUAUUAGAGGUGGAAAACAGUUGUCCAAUGGAACUUAUCAGACUCCUAUAGUUGUUUUAAUGUUAUCUUUACCAUCACCUAAAUGGUCUAAUCCAUGUUUACUAAAUCCAUCCUCAGUUGAUAAUUUAUUUCACGAAAUGGGACAUGCAUUACAUUCUAUGUUAGGUAGAACAAAAUAUCAACAUGUGACAGGUACCAGAUGCAGUACAGAUUUUGCAGAAGUACCGAGCGUGUUAAUGGAAUAUUUUGCAGGCGAUCCACGAGUACUAUCUAUGUUUGCAAAACAUUAUCAAACGAACGAGCAAAUGCCAGAUAAUUUGUUAAAAAAGUUAUGCGCUUCGAAAUAUAUUUUUUGCGCAUCAGAACUGCAAAAUCAAGUAUUUUAUAGUAUGUUAGAUCAUGUUUAUCAUAGUAAUAAAAUAGAAAGAUCUACUACAGAAAUUUUAAAAGAUAUUCAAGAAAAAUAUUAUGGUUUACCAUACAUUGAAAAUACAGCAUGGCAGUUGCGAUUUUCUCAUCUAGUCGGAUACGGUGCCAAAUAUUAUUCUUAUUUAAUAUCACGUGCAAUAGCCUCUUGGAUUUGGCAAACAUACUUUCAACACGAUCCUCUGAGUAGAGUUGCUGGUGAGAAAUAUCGUUGGGAAUGUUUAGCACACGGUGGUGGUAAACCUCCAUCAUUAUUAGUUUCUGAUUUUCUACACAAAAAUGCUAAUCCUAGUAAUUUUGCAAACUCAUUAUUAAAUGAAAUUGAUAUAAGAAAUGAAUAUAUGAAAACAAUAAAAGCAUUAAAAUAAUAAUUCUCGCGUUGAUAUGCAAUUUUAGAAGAAAUUGUAUUUAUCAAGUAAAUUCUUCAAUUUAGACGCGAUAAAGUAUUAACAAUAGUAUACUUGUAACUUACAAAAAUUAUUUUUUAAGUAAAUUUAUAAUUGAUUGUAUAAUAAAAUACGAACAACGAUACGUUAUUAAGAAAUUUUCACUUAUCACUUCAGUACAAAUGUCCAAUUUAUUCUAACUAAAUUUUAGAAAGGUUACAUGAAUUAAAAUUUUGAAUUUUAUUAUAAAACGGUACUUUUGUAUUUAUAGGUGUGUAACGUAAAUACAAUAAACAAACUUACUAAAUAAUAAAUUAUUCGUUUCAUCAUGUUAGCGUACACUCUUCGUACAUAUUAAAAAUUUUUACAUUACUUUUUAGCAAUUAUCUGUUAUUAAUACGUUUGCAUAAUAAUUUUGUACCUGUCGAUAAUAGCCAAUAUUAUCUAUUGUAUAUUCCCACAAAUAAGUAGCAAUUUUUUGUAUAUUUAUCAAAUCGCAAAAAAAAAGAAAUCAAUACAUUUCCCUCAGAUAUAAUUUACAUGAAUUUUUCUUUUGUAUUAUAGAUAUGUAUAAUAUUUGCAUAAAUCAAAGUCAAAUGUUCUAAAAUUAGAUUCAGGGGAAAAAUGAAAUUUUCUUCGAAACAUUAAUUUUCUAAUUGAUGUAGCAGAGUGAAAAAGUUACAUCCCUAGGACACAGAUACAUAAUUUAUUAUAUAUUAAUAUUCGUAUUUUUUUUAUUACCUUUUCCUGUGUAACACAAAGAAAUCAUUUAUUUAUAAUUGUGUUAAUUCUAGAAUAAUAAAACAAACACCGACUACAAUGUUCUCUUAAAAUAUGAUAGAUAUCUCAAUUCAUUUACUAAAUAUAAUAAAAAAUAAGCAGAUCUAGAUGAUAAUAUACAUAUAAUGAUGGAAGGCACCAGAAAUUGAAUCUAUAAAAUGAAAAA